AGCACGCAACAGUCGUUGCCGCUGGACGCCUCGAAAAGCAGCCUGUUACCUUUCGGUUUCGUUAAUUAAAAUUACUGACAUUAUAAAACGCUCGCCGACUACAUUGAGUAAAGUAUAAUUCACGCGUUCUUCGUGACAUGUUCCACAACGUAGCAACGGCCGACGUUGCUAGUGUGUCGCGUAACUUCUUGCGUGCGUGCCAAAACGGAGACGCAUACAGAGUGGAAACCCUCGUCGCAACACACGGAAUUCGCGAUUGGUGCGACUUCCGUCACACGGAUUCCGGCGACACCGCGCUGCACGUGGCGGCGCGAGCUGGUAAUAUGAACGUAGUGAAGUAUCUGUGCGAACAUUUCGACAUGUCGACGUUUAAGAUCGAUGUCACCAAUAAGGACAUGAAGAGGCCUUCGCACGAAGCUGCGCAAUUUGCGCGAGAAGACGUUUUAAAGUAUCUACUGGAAAAAGGUGCAUCGGUAGACGCUUUGAAGCGCGGCGAUUGGACGCCUUUGAUGCUCGCAUGCACGAAAAGCGGCUACGUAGCAUUCCAGUGCAUCGUUACUCUUUUGAUGGCUAAGGCUAAUGCACGUUUACGCAAUAAAGACGGCUGGACGCCGUUAUUUAUCGCUUGUCGGGCCGGUGAUGAAAACGUGGUCGAUUUAUUAUUGGAACAUAUGCCGGAGUGCAUAGACGAUCGAAGCAACAAUGGUCGCAGCGCGAUGCACAUUGCUGCAUUCCACGAUCACGAGAGAGUAAUUAAUUCGCUCGUUGCGUUGAGACCGAGUCUAUUAAACGCGCAGGACUCUUCGGGCUCCACGCCACUUCACGAGGCGAUGAAGAGCGGUAACCUGAAUGCAGCAAGACGCAUCGUAAAUUUAGGCGCCGAUGUCAAUCUCGUAGACAAUGUCGGUCAAACUAUUUUGCACGUAGCUACGUUAACUGGUAACGUGGAGGCUGUUGAAUACAUUUUGGAGUACAAUUUGAUUGACGUGAAUCGCAAAGCUUCUUUCGGCAUCACCCCGUUAAUGGCAGCUCGAAGGAGUAAUCACAGCGAUGUAAUCGAUAUCCUCAUGAAAAAUGGUGCCAUGUAAUAAAAUUUAUAUCUAUGGCGAAUACUUGCUCUUACUACAUUUCCGAAAUAUCUCGUGUAAUCUUCCCCGUAACCCAAACAGAUUAUACAAUAUAUAAUGAGCGAUGCGAUUCGAUAUUUUUAUCGUUUAGAUUCUCAUACUUAGCGCGUCUGCUAAAUUGAAUUUAUCUCUCCUUCAAACAGAAAGAAAAGUCGAAUCGACGUUGAUUCGAAGUCGAUGCGUCGAUAUCAAAUACUAGUCGAUAUUUUUGUCAUUUUCGACCUUAUAAGAAAUAUUGUCUUUAUAUUAAUUGAACAAUUACAAAAAUGUAAGUUUCCAAGUCACAAAGAAGCUGAAAAAUGUUCAUUUGUAACAGCAAGUGCAAGACUUUCGGCCAGUGCAACGUUAAAUUGAAAGUCGAAAAAUCAAUGAUAUCAGUGAUUCGCGCCUGAUUGCAUGACUUUGACCUAUGGCUGAGGAUGGGUGAAAGACUCAGGCGAGUGGCGUUUUAUUCAGAGAUUGGUACACAUUUAUUAAUCCUUUGUUUUUUCUUGUAUCAGACAGUUUUAAAGAAGCAUACAAAAAUCAAGAAACGGAGGCUCUUAUUAGUUCGGAGAUACCUAGGCUUUACAUUCUUCUUCGUCCUCUACCCUUUACCCUUCCUCCUCUGCUUCGUUAAACUUUCUUUUUCAGCGUGCGCAGGCAGGCGACGUAAUACAGAAAAUUCAUGCGCUUACUGUUAUACAGUAUAUGCGUGCUCGACGAGGUCCUUAAACCCUAGAACGCUAAUGCAACGUAAUCGGCAGUUAGUGGUUAACACCUUGCGGCACACGAUGCGACGAAUUCUUUUCGAGAGCUACAACGAAAUAAAUAGAAAUGAACAUACUUAAGCAUUUCCUCGGGGAAAAUCAGUCAAUAAUAAUAAUUAAUUCUCACGAUCAUCGCGUAAUUAAAUCGCUUGCGUCGCUUUAUCGCCAGCGCCAGUCGUGUAGCGCGCAAAAUAGAACUCCAAAUAACUGCAAUCAUUAACGAUGAUGCCGCAGGGAGUUAAGAUGCUCUUAAAAUAUGCCGAAAUAUCGCGGGAUCGUGUAAGAAAAAAAUAAGAAGCACCUAAUGUGUCAAUGAUCUCAUCGCUUGUUGAUAUCGACCUUAUUUACAGUAACCAUAAGGAGAAUACCAAUUGGUGGACAGAAAGAACGGAAGAUUGACGCGCGUUAGCGACCUCGGUUAGCGUUCCAGGGGUCAAGUAUCGUUUACAUCACGAAGGAGAAACGUAAGAGGUAAGAUCACAGAAUCGUACGAAUUCCAUGCGAUGUCCAAUGCGUGGAUCCUGAAGUCCGCGAAAUGUCGCGGCUUCCGAUUCGAGAGAUACGACGGUUCGGGGAGAGGGAGAUGAACGGGAACGGUUUCGACCCUUUCCUCCCUCCGUCGAGCCCUCCGAGUGCCAGCGACCUCAGUCGCGUUAGUCUCUCUCUCCUCGACGAGAUACUCGCGCUACGUUCUCCGUCCACGACUAUUAUUAUCGAGUAUACUAUAUAGCACAGUCGUGCGUGUGUACGGUACGAAUAUUGUUUGUUUUUUGUUUAACUAUACUACAUGGUACAAUCGAUAUCUCGAGUGCGUCGGCUCUGAAGCUCGGAGGUGGCCAACGGGGAUAAGGCGAGGGUCGACAUUACCGCGCGCGAUCACUUUGCCGUCACUUCGAUCGCCCCCCGCGGGGCCCGCAACCUCAUAGAAAAAAUAGGUGUGUGUGAAUGAAGGUUUUUUUUUUCGCGUAAAGUAACUCGCACCGAACUCGCACCUUCUCCUCUCGCGAUCCUAUUCCCCUCUCUCUUAUAGCAAAUCACAGUAUAUACAUAGGACGCAAAUGUUGCUCCGGGGGGAGUGGAGGGGUUUCUCUCGAAACGUCUCGAACCGGCUCCGAAGGGGGG